GUGUUGAACCGUUACUGGGCUUUAUGUUUCUGGCCCAUGUGGCCCAUCUGCUGUGUAUGUGGCUGAGCUAUAUAUAUUCUCACCUCAGUACCGUGUAACCCUAGACAGAAUAGAGAGUGAGCUUCCACCCACAAGGUUAGCCGCCGCCUCUGAUCUCUACAUGGUAUCAGAGCUCUAGAGGAUGGAGGGGGUGGCGCUGGAGAUGAAGACCCAGUGAGUGGAUCUGUUGGAGGCUGCGAGGGAUUUGGUGGUUCUGCAUCAGGAGGUCUGAGGGAAGUGUUGUGGCAAGGCUGAGCCAUGGGAGACGAUUUGGCAAAGGCACUGGACAGGCUGGCGGAGAUCCUCACCGCCAAGACUACAGAGGCUACGGCUGUGGCCAGGUCAGGAGAUGGGGCUCUACUUGCUGGAGUCUCACAGGCAGAGGGGGUGCAAAAGCUGGAACUGGCACCAAACGAGAUUAAACUGGAGGGUGUUAGCAAUUAUUUGAGCUGGUCUAGGAGAGGACGGCUGUUGCUGAAGACGAAAGCUUUGGAAGGAUAUGUUCUGGGAGAAGUUGUUGAACCUGUUGAGAAGCAAGGUGCCGAGUGGAAGAAAUGGAGCACUACUGAUUCAGGAAUACUUGCGUGGUUGCUCAGCUCUUUAACCCCGCCAGUUGCUGCAUCUGUUGAGGCACUGCCUACUGCAAAAGAGGUAUGGGAAGCUUUGUCUCAGAUGUAUUCUGGUAAGGGAAAUGUGAUGCUUGUUUCUCAACUUGAGGAUAGACUGCAUGAUCUCACUCAAGGUGAAAAGUCAGUGAUGACUUAUGUGGGGGAGCUGAAGCAGUUGUGGGCUGAUUUGGAUCAUCUUGAUCCUUUGGUGCUCACCCAUACUGAAUGUGUUGUGGCAGCAAAGAAAUGGAUUGAAGGCAAGCGAGUGCUCAAGUUUUUGAAGGGUCUGAAUCAAGACUUUGAGAAUAGGAGGGCGAAUCUGAUGCAUGAAACUCAGUUGCCUUCACUUGAAGCUGCUAUUGCCGCUAUUGCACAAGAGGAAACAAGACUGAAGUGCAAUGGAAAAGGGGAACUUACACAAAGGCCUGCCUAUCUUGUGUCUGAGUGGCAGCAGACCAGAGAGUGCUUCAACUGUGGAGUAAGUGGCCACCUUGUCCAUCAAUGUACAGCUCCACCUCGCCGAGGCAGAGGAGGUUUCAGAGGCAGCAGGUAUGGCAGGGGAUACUAUAGAGGUGGUAGAGGCAGAAACGGAGGAAAUUACUACCACAACUCAGGCGGUCCACAAGGAGGGGCCAGAGCCAAUAUGACAUUUACAGAGGGAGGUAGAUCAGUAACUCAGAAUCAGGGAAGUGUUGAAGGGGAAGUGAAGAAAAAUGAACAGCAAGGAGAAACGAGCUUCGGGCAGUUUGCUCAUUUUGUCUACACCAAAGGAGAGGAUGACUGGAAGGAAGCUUGGGGACGGAAUCAGAUGUAGAGGGUUAUGGUACCUGGACCGAGAGAAGCCUAAGUUGCUAGGAUACUCAGUGGUGCUCGCAGCGGUCCAAGGUGAUAAAGAGAGCAAGGCCAUGAUCCAUCAUUGUCGAAUGGGGCACAUUUCCUUUGAUAAGAUGAGCAAAGUUUGUCCUGAUGUAAUGAGUAGAGUAGACAUGAACAAACUGAAAUGUGAUGCAUGUGAGUAUGCUAAACAUACCAGAACAUCUUAUGUGAGUAAGGGGCUGAGAAGUAUAGCUCCCUUCGCUCUUGUGCACUCUGAUGUAUGGACAUGUCCUACUAUGUCGAUUAGUGGAAUGAAAUAUUUUGUAACCUUCAUUGAUUGUUAUACCCGCAUGACCUGGGUGUAUCUUUUACGCCACAAAGAUGAGGUGUUUCAAUGCUUUCAGGACUUCUGUGCAUAUGUAAACACUCAAUUUAGGGUGCAGGUACAAAUGCUCAGAUCUGAUAAUGGGACAGAGUAUGUUAACAACAGAUUUGGCAGAUUCUUAUCCGAGAAAGGUAUCAUGCAUCAAACUUCCUGCCCAGAUACUCCUCCCCAAAAUGGAGUAGCUGAAAGAAAGAAUCGACACAUAUUAGAGGUAACUCGCUCUCUCAUGUACACUAUGAAUGUACCAAAAUUUCUAUGGAGUGAGGCAGUUCUAACUGCUACCUUUCUUAUUAAUCGCAUG